AACACUAAAUAUUUCCUUAUGACCAUAGAAUAUCGAAUGUAGAAACAUCAAAAUGUAAGUGAGGUAAAUAAACAUUCGGUGGGGCUUGCGUGAAAAAGUAAACAAACGUUGGCUUACAGUAAACUUUAGGCCUGCACCCAAAUAUGGAUGGCGACAGUCCAGGUCCGAAGAAGCCAGGCCGGGGCAGGGGAGGGAAGAAGGUCCCCGCGGUGGAGACAGAGAAAGCGCACGAGAGCGAGAUGACCAUCGAGCUGGAGCACGUGCUGGGCAUGACCGUCUACUCCAACUCGGCCUUGACCUGCCACCCGGCAUCUGGGCUGGUGGCAUAUCCGGCGGGCUGUGUGCUCGUGCUCCUGGACAGCGUCAAGAAUAAGCAGGUCGCCACACUCCACACACCCAGGAAGAGCGUCACGGCAGCCAAGUUUUCGCCGGACGGCCGCUACGUCUUGACCGGAGAGUCCGGCUUGCAACCGGCAGUCCGUGUCUGGGACCUAGUACGCAAGUCAGAGGUCGCGUGUCUCCGGGGUCACAGCGUUGGCAUCGCGAGCUUAUCCUUCACGCCGCGCAUGCGUGAGAUCAUUGUCGUUGGUGACGCGCAUGACAUGAUGAUCAGCGUCUGGGCGUGGCCGAGCAAGGUCAUGAGGGCACUGAACAAAUUUGCUGAUGAAAUCUACUCCAUGACAAUCGCCGAAGACAGCAGUUUUUUUGUGACUGUCGGAAACCGCCACGUCAAAUUUUACAACAUGGACAAUCUACGGAACUAUACAAAUCAACUUGAGAACCCCUGCCCCAUCCCCUUGCCCACACGGUGUGGCAUUAUGGACAGCUUGAAGGACAAUUGCUUUUGUGAUGUGGUGUGUGGGAGAGGCUGUAGCAGCUUCUAUAUCUUUGUCAUAGCGAUAUCAGGAGUCCUGUGUCAGAUCAACAGGAACAGACUUCUGGAGAGAUGGGUCAACGUCAACAUGCAGAAGGCGUGCUGUCUGGACGCAGACGACAAGUGUGUCUUUGUAGGGGGGGCGCAGGGCACUGUCAGGAUGUUUCAAGCACUUGACCUCCAGAUCAUUUUGACCUUACCUCGACCUCACAACUUAGGCCUUGACAUUGCACAGGUGACCCAGCCCUACACCACCGAGCUCUCUGACGAAGACUCCGAGUCAGAGCGUGACUCCAGCGUCCAGUACCCUGAGACCCGGGCCCUGACCUUUGACCCCGUGCACGAGAACCUGACGGUCGUGUAUGACGAUCACAGUCUGUAUAUCUGGGGGCGGGACCAGGCGGUGUCUGAAGAUGGCGUCAGGUGUUUCAAGAAAAGGUACUCCUCUAUGUAUCACCGAGGCUGUGUGUGGGACCUGACAACCUACCCCGUCACCCUGGAGACUGAAUGUGAGGAGGGGUCUGCAGGCGGCGCCCUGCCCCCCGGCGCCCUAAUCUCCGUGUCUUCAGAUGGCACCCUGAGGGCGUGGGACGUGAGCGCUAAAAUCUGCGAGGAGAGUGUCCUCAAACGGAACUGUUUGAGCGCCGAGUGUUUGAAGAUAGUGUAUUGCAACAAGAUGGACGUGGCCAAAACCAACCAGAGCAAAACUCGCAAGCAGAGCAAGACGAGAGAGUCAACAGUAACACCACUAAAGAGACACGGGAAACAGUGCUUCAGUGUGGUGGGGGUGUGUCCUGACGGCAUGGACAUCGCCACAGGUAACCGCCAGGGGAGGGUGUGCAUCUACGACGCCAACACGAUGAUCACCAAAGCCACGAUGUUGGCGCACGAGGCUGAGGUCACUGCCCUCAGGUACUCCAUUACAAGCAAACAUAAGAUAUUGGCCAGCGGAAGUCGGGACCGCAUGAUCCACGUCAUGGACGCAUCACGUGACUACCAGCUGCUGACCACACUAGAUGACCACUCAUCGACCAUAACCGCCAUUAACUUUACCCACAUUUCACGCUGUCUCUUGAUGGUGACCAGCAGCCUUGACAUGUCCGUGCUAGUCCGCGCCUACCUGGACACCAACAGAUUCACCUUCAGACCCGUCAGGGCCAUCGUGGAGAAGAAGUCGGUCAUGGACUUUACCAUCCAUCCCUGGUCAGGGUUGAUGGCCUUGGCUUGUCAGGACCGUUUGGUUCGAAUCUACAGCAUCAUGAGUUCGGUGGAAAACAAUUCGUUUAGGGGGUGCCCCAGUUGUGGAGGUCAGCUGAUCAAAAUUCAGGUCGACCCCUCGGGUCAGUUUCUACUGACAGCUUGCUCGAACAAGACCAUCAACCUGCUACAGUUUAGCACCGGCGUGAUGCUGAGGACCAUCAAUGGACACGCUGAGAACAUCACGGGCGUCAAGUUCUCCCACAACAUGAAGCACAUCAUCUCCUUCUCCGUGGACGGCUGCAUCUUCUUGUGGCGGCUCCCGCAGUCGGUGACGUAUGCGGUGAAGAAGGAGAUGGCGGAGAUGGGCCGUUUGACCAGAGGGAUGGUGUUGAAUGAACGCUGGAAGAAGUCCAGACUUAUGGAGGUGGUCCGCUUGUCACAGCCAAAGCCACUGAUGGAGAUGAGAUCGGAGACCAGCCUCGAUCUGAAGAAAUCCUCCAGAGAGGGCGUGCCCCCAGUUGACGUCAUUGAGGAGCAGAAACUGUCGACGGAUGGCAUGCAGAAUAUUGAGUUAGUGAGUGCUUUCAACAAAAAUGGAUUAUGUACAACUUUUGAUGGAGCCACCUCCGAGGCCUGGCUCAAUGCCUGCUAUGAGCGGAGACGAAUCUUCAAGCUGGAAGCUCAGUCCAUCCAGAAGAUUUUGGCCAUGAUGCGGCUGGUGACAGACGCAAUGGAGAAGGAUUUGGCAAAUUCCGACUGGCUGAUCUGCCCGAAUGCCAACACGUCGCAUGAAGCGGUCAAUAGAAUCAAGGGCGCCAACCAGAUCGAGGGCACCCUGUUGGCCGGGCCCAACAUGGUCCAGAUGGUGGUCUCCGCCCCCUUCUACCACCAGCUGGACGCCCCCGAGCUCCACUGUAGCUACGAGCUGACCACACCCUCACAGAACCCGCCCUCUGUGACGCCAGACGCCGGGGACAGCCUGGAACCCCCCGGGGAGUUGGGGAGUGGCCCGGAGGGAGGGGAGGACUUGGAGCUGCCAGAAGAUCUGACGUCACAGCAGGAGAGGCUACUGCAGCAGCUGAGCAAGAUCCCCGUGAGAAACAAGUGCUCGUCCAACAACUCGACGCCCAGGUCCACGGAAACACUAACCAUCCAGCUGUCGGCUGAAUCCAGCCUCUGCCAGUGUGUCGGCGCCUUCUUCAACCACCUGAGCAAGCUCAACUACUCGUCCGCCGUCGGCCACAUCAACGAGGCGCUGGAGCAGAGGCAGAGGCAGCCCCGGUCCUUGUUGUUCCGCCCCGCCCCUGCUUGCCACCCCCACACCCGUCCCAGCGCGCCAGCUGAGCUACAGCAUACGGAGAUUCCCGAAGUUGACGUGGGGAUUGAACAAGACUUGGCGGAAAACGCCGAACAGCCAGCCGAUGCUCGGAGUGUUGUUUGUGUUAGAGGCGGGGGGAGAAACCUCAAGCAGAAGGCGUGGCGUCGAGUCCCGAACACGGGGUGCGACCUUAGGGUGAACGUCAGGGACGGGGUCGGACCCAACGUGGGCAAGUGGUCGGGUGGAAACGUGUACAGGUUGGCCGGGGGCGGGGGGUUUAGUUUUACAAGCGAUGUGAUGGGGGGCGGGACGGACCAGUCGAAGAUCUGCUACACGCUCAAGGUGGACGAGAGUGUGACGGGGGUGGGGACUGGGGGUGACGUCAUCACGCAGGUGGGGCUAGGCCUGUCCAUCAACAAUCUGAUGGGUCAAGUUCAAGGCCAAGCUCAAGCCAGAAAUCGGGGAAGAAAUUUGAUGAUUACUUCCUGUAGAAAUUCCAUACCUGGGCAGCUCUCCGACCUCACUCAGCCGAAUUCAGUACCCGGCAAUCAGCAAAAGCUAGUGCCUAUCACUCCGAUGAACUCAGUUUCCAUUCUUCAGAUAAAUUCAGUUCCAGGAGCUCAGCCAAAGUUAGUACCCGUAUCUCAGCAACAGAAAAAGCACCAAGAAUAUCAAGGACGAGGUGGCCGAGUGGUUAAGGCGAUGGACUGCUAA